AUGUGCCCAGCCGUCGCCUCUCCCUCUUAUCCCGUCGCACCUCCCUCCUACCCCGCCGUUACCAUUCCCUCCCAUCCCGCCGCCACACCGUCGUCGCCUCUCCCUCACCUCGCAAUCGCCACUCCCUCCCAUCCCGCUGCCCUCUUCUCCCAUCCCACCGCCGCCACUCCAUCCUGUCCCGCCGCCGCCCCUCCCUUCUCCACGCCGUCGCCGCUCCGUCCCUCCCCACCGUCGCCUCUCCUUCCCUCCCCGCAGUCGCCUCUCCUUCCCUCCCCGCCGUCGCCUCUCCGUCCCUCCCCGCCGUCGCCUCUCCUUCCCUCCCCGCCGUCGCCUCUCCUUCCCUCCCCUCCGUCGCCUCUCCUUCCCUCCCCGCCGUCGCCUCUCCUUCCCUCCCCGCCGUCGCCUCUCCUUCCCUCCCCGCCGUCGCCUCUCCUUCCCUCCCCGCCGUCGCCUCUCCUUCCGUCCCCCGCCGUCGCCUCUCCUUCCCUCCCCGCCGUCGCCUCUCCUUCCCCCCCCGCCGUCGCCUCUCCUUCCCUCCCCGCCGUCGCCUCUCCUUCCCCCCCCGCCGUCGCCUCUCCUUCCCUCCCCACCGUCGCCUCUCCUUCCCUCCCCGCCGUCGCCUCUCCUUCCCUCCCCGCCGUCGCCUCUCCUUCCCUCCCCGCCGUCGCCUCUCCUUCCCUCCCCGCCGUCGCCUCUCCUUCCCUCCCCGCCGUCGCCUCUCCUUCCCUCCCAGCCGUCGCCUCUCCUUCCCUCCCAGCCGUCGCCUCCGGCGAGUGCACGAGCGCAAGCGCAAGUCGGUGUGCGAGCGCGGGUUGGUGCGUGCGCGGGUGCGCGAGCGCGGGUUGGUGCGCCAGCGCGGGUUGUUUUCUGAGGCACCGUGGUUAUCAGGUGCGUUCCCGGUCCUUUCAUCCUCCCUCCCCCCUCUGA